AUGCUACCUGUCGUGAAUUCGUUCACGAUAGAUGAAACUUUAGAGUUUCAAGCAGGAGUCUUAGCUCUGAUACAGAAAAUUAAAGGCCGAAAUAGAGUAGCUUACCAAACAUAUGAUUUUCAAAACACUGGCUGGCAAGAUCAAUAUCGUGGAUACUAUACACAAAAUCCAGUUAACAAGCAGCCGACAGCUUUCAUACCAUCACCGUCGCCCACCUAUCAAACAUCAAUGCACCACAGUCGACAAAUUUCAUACAAUCUCCAUCAUCAACUACUCAAUCAUCUUAUCAUUCUCAACGGAUUCCACCUUCACCAACAACACCCACUGUACAAUCACCAAACUCACAGGACUUGGAUAUAG